AAUUUUCUGGAGACAUUAAAAACAAUGAUGUUUUAUAAGUGGAUUAUUUGAUAAAGAAAUCUUAAUUGAAGUUUUACUUUAAAACACAUUAUAGUGCAUAUAUAUGUUACUUUUUAAAGCAUUAUAUAUAUUUUUUUACACGCGAAUUGCAUUGGACUUCUUUACGAAAACAUGAACCAUUAGAAUAUCAACACUUGAAAAAAAGGCUUUUAAAAUGGCUUUUGUUGAUAAUAAAACUAUAGAAACUUCUAAAGAAAUAGUCGCCAUUAAGUCUGUGUACCUUAUUUUAUGUAUUUUGUUUGGCAUAAUUGGUAAUUUGGUUGUCAUUAUUGCUAUACAUAAAUAUAAAAAACUGCAAACUGUAACAAACUACUUUGUCUUAAAUUUGGCGAUAACAGAUCUCCUUUUUGCUGCGUGCGGAAUCCCAACUAUUAUAAUUACUACCAUUGCAAAAAAGUGGUUACUAGGAAGUUUUGUUUGUGAUUUAGUAGGUUUCUUGAAUUCACUAUUUUGUACAACAUCGAUAUGGACUCUUGUUAUGAUCAGCAUCAAUAGAUUUUUAAACGUUGCUAAAGCAAAUGAUAUUAAAAUACUUUAUACUAAGAAAAGAACAAAUAUAAUUAUCAUUAGCGUUUGGGUAUUUUCCGCUUUAAUUUCAUUUCCACCUUUGAUUGGCUGGAGUAGAUUUAAAUCAGGCUCUAACUUUUGCACUGUUGAUGGUAAAAAAUCAAAAGAAUACUCUUAUUUUCUCGGUGUUAUCGCUUAUGUAUUGCCUAUGGUGUUUUUAACUACUUUAUAUUUAUGCAUAUUUAUUAUGUUACACAAACAUGAAAAAACCAAGUUGAAAAGUAAUAUAAACUCUAUUGAAUAUUCUGAGCAAUCGGAAAAUGUAUCGAUGUUUGAGCAAGCACCUGAUUCAUCAGUUCCACAACAAGCACGAAACGAAACACUAAACGACAAAAACGUUACAGUUUACUUUUCUAAAUAUAAGACUAAAGAAACGACUACGGUAGACAGUAAAUCCCCUUUAAUUCAAAAUAACUUUCUUGAAGCAGAAAAAAAGAAAGAAAAGCGUCAAAUGGUCGCUAUUGCAAUACAUUUGAAGCAAGUUCGAGUUACAAAAAUGCUUAUGAUUUUAGUGUUAAGCUUCUUUUUUUGUUGGACACCAUUUUUUGUUGGAGCAUUGUACCACGUUUAUCACAAAAAAAUUAACGGUUUUCAAGUGACAACUUUUGGAAUAAUGUGCGCUUGUUUAAAUUGCAUUCUAAAUCCUUUUAUUUAUUCUAUUAUGAAUCGUAGUUUUCGAAAAUGCGUGGUAGAAAUGUGGAAAAACCUAAUUUCAUCUUAGUUAUUAUUCAGACAUUGUUACAUUUGUUUUUUUAUUGGAAAUUUUAAUAUGAUACUUAUUAUUAAUUCUUUAUUCGUAGAGUAAAACAUUUAAUAAA